GCCGCCGCGGGCAGGCGAGGGGCGGCCGGGCCGCGCCGGGCGCGCAGGAUGCUCCGGUCGCUUUGGAGUUUCCUCAAGCGGCAUAAGAAGAAAUGCCUCGUCCUCGGCACUUUCCUCGGCGGAGUCUAUUUACUUGGAAAAUAUGGGCAGAAGAAAAUCAGAGAAAUUCAAGAACGAGAGGCAGCUGAAUACAUAGCCCAAGCACGAAGGCAGUAUCAUUUUGAAAGCAAUCAGAGGACGUGCAAUAUGACAGGUCUUUUUUUUCUUUUAAUAACAGUGCUGUCAAUGCUUCCAACAUUGAGGGAUGCUUUAAUGCAUCAAUUAAAUUCUGAGAGUCUCACAUCUCUUCUUAAAAAUAGGCCAGCAAACAAGUUAGAAAUAUGGGAGGAUUUAAAGAUAAUAAGUUUCACAAGAAGCAUUGUAGCUGUAUAUAGUACCUGUAUGCUGGUAGUUCUUUUGCGAGUCCAGUUAAAUAUUAUUGGCGGUUACAUCUACCUAGAUAAUGCUGCACUCUGCAGAAAUGGCACAACACUACUAGCUCCCCCUGAAGUUCAGCAGCAAUAUUUAUCGAGUAUUCAGCACCUUCUAGGAGAUGGACUGACUGAGUUAAUAACUAUUGUUAAACAAGCUGUGCAGAAAGUUUUUGGGAGUAUCUCCCUUAAACACACCCUAUCUCUUCUGGAGCUGGAACAGAAACUUAAAGAUAUCAGGGAAGUAGUGGAGCAUAAAGAUUCAGAUCAGGGUGUAUCUUACUCUCCCUUAUGUCAUUAUCUGAUGCCAGAUGAAGAAAACCCCUUGGCUGCCCAGGCCUAUGGACUCACAGAAAGAGACAUUGCUACAAUUAAGUUACUUAAUGAAACUAGAGAUAUGCUAGAAAGUCCAGACUUCAGUACAGUUUUGAGCACCUGUUUAAACAAAGGAUUCAGUCGACUGCUGGAUAAUAUGGCAGAGUUUUUUAGACCUACUGAACAGGACCUCUCUCAGAAUGGCUCUGUAAAUAGUCUUUCCAGCGUCAGUCUUCCUUUAGCCAAGAUAAUUCCAAUAAUAAAUGGACAGAUCCAUUCGGUAUGCAGUGAAACACCCAGUCACUUUGUUCAGGACCUGUUGACAAUGGAACAAGUGAAAGACUUUGCUGCUAAUGUUUAUGAAGCUUUUAGUACCCCUCAGCAACUAGAGAAAUGAACUGCACAUUUAUAGGAGUAGAGUAUGUAUUUAUAACAAAUCGUUGUGACUACUGAUGAGACCUGGGUUAAUUUUAUAACGGUGUAAGAGCGGUAGGCCAGCAGAAAGAACAGUCUGAAAGAAAGAGGGAGUGAGCCCAUAUUUGUUCUAACAGAGUUCUGUUUCAAAGACCUAUUAAAAAUACUCUUCUUGAAAGAAUCAUUAUCUGUAAAAACUUUUCUAUUAAAAAAAUGGUCAACCUCUUCCGUAAUUCAUUUGAUGAUUUUUAUUGCAUCCCAAAGGCUUCUGGUGGCAGUAGGACACAUCCUACUAAAAAAUCCAUUUGUUUGCCUGAGGUGUGUAAGUCUUGGAAAAAAAAAUCUAACGAUCACAGUGAUCUAAGAAUAGCACAGAGCAGCAGGAUGAAGUAAGGCUUUUAGUUUUUCUUCUUAAAGAAAUUAAAACCUUUUUUUUCUUUCCCCUUGACUUUACAAAUUUUACUCCAAAGGGUCUCUCCUCCUUCCAAGAGCCUUUGCCAAUCGACGUACAUUCUUCUUGAACAAGACAGUGGCGUGCUCUCUGUUAUUUAAUACUAAAGGAAUUUGCUGUUCGGACAGCUACACUGUAAACAUUAACUUGUAAAUAUUUUAUCUUAAUUUGUAUUAAUUUUGAGCCCAGUUGUCUGUAUUGUAAUAAAAUAUUUUAAUGUAAAA